AUGGAUAAAGAGGAGUUUUUAUUAGAGGAUUAUGAAAAUGGAGAGCUUGAGGCUGAAAAAUCGUUGAAGGACGAAGCAAAAAAUGAUGAGAGCGGUACACAUGUGGCAGCCAGCGAGAUAAUUGCGGAGUGGAGCGACCCUGAGUUGCGAAAGCAAGUUGAGGAUCGAACAGAGCAAGAGCAGGAGGUAGCACUCGAGGACCUUGAGGCCCUCGCUAACAGUCCACCCGACAGUGUGCUUAAUACGUUCGAGCAGCUUCCGGAGGUUCAGGACGAGAUGGACGAGAUGAAGGCUUCAGUUGGCGAUCAGGACGUACAUGCGGCUGCAGAACAAAGCCCAAUUAUAGAGGAGCCUCCUUCUAGAGUCCAAAGCGAAGAGCGUGUGGGCGAAAGCGAAGAGAUCACAAUCACCGAGAUUGGCGGAAACAAAGACCUCGACGUAGAAGUUGAGAACGACGAGCUUCUUACCUGCCCUGUGAUAUUUCAUUUGCAAGGCCAAGACCCUAUUGCACUUGUUGGCGAAAAUGCAAUUCUUGCCGAAGCGCCAGAUUAUCUCUUGACCCUGGAUAGAGUGUUUGGGCUGCUGCGAGAACGAAUCGACACCCAAGAGGGGCUGGAGAUUGUGCUCCAGAUCACCGAUUUGGAUCUCGUCAUCAAUGAAGACAAUAUCUACGCGGGGGAAACCCGGAUCAGUGACCUAAUAGAGGUCUUGGAUGUUGUUCCCAAAACCCCGGAUCACCUGGAUAUCACAGUCACGUUCCAACCCCGAUUCGUGUUCGGCCUCAACAGCCUGUUCGAAAAACUGCAUGCACCACCACCUACAAAGAAGGCUAAAAGCUGUGUGGGCAUUUUGGGUGGCGCCGUCUGGGUUUUGAGUAGAGACGCUCUGCUGGGGCUCGAAGCCUCGAACCUGGACGUGCAGUCCAGCAUGAAGGAGACCCAGGUAUACACGCUACUGAAUUCUAUGCUAAGUCAAUUGCUCAGAGUAACGACAUCCUCGCAGGUUCAGCAGAUCAUGAAGGCUCCUGACGACGAGCAGGUGUUUGCCGCCUAUAACGACACUCUUACCAGCAGUCUGGAUAAUUCUUCCUUGGUGGCCUUGACAAUCUACUUUCAAAACACGACAGAGUUCACUUCUUUUGUUCUCAACACCAUGGCUAAUGUCUCGAUCCCAUCAAGUCUUAUGCCUUUGGACUCCGACAUUAUUUACCAGAAGGACAUCGCCGCGUCCACGUUAAACCAAACAGGAAUUUAUGUCGCCGGUCCAGACCGAGCUGAAAACACCCCAAGUUACUUUUUCAGCUUGACUGUGCCGGUAAUUGUAUCCAAAAUUUGGAGUCAACCAACCAAGCCUUCACAGCUCGUUAAUGGAAACUUACUCGGCUAUGCAACGGCCAUCUUCACCUCCGUAAAAGUCGAACAAGCAUUGAACGAAACAAACGCAAGUAUGCUGUCCAGUGGAAUUUGUGCUGCAGCAAUGGCAGAGCUGUCUGAGUCUGGCACCUCCGUCACCUAUGUGCUACCGGUUGCCGCAUGUGAUGGCGCAAAUCGACAGAGUUCGCUUUUACCCAACUCCAUCAGUCAACAGCUGGCCAACCAAGAGGAAACACACGCAGUUGUAAAUGGUGGUCUUAAUAAAUCUAUGGUUUCGGUGGUCGCAAUGACGUUUUUCAAUAAAAACUACGUGGUGCUUCUCCAGCAGUCUCACGCGGGCACAUUCAGAAUGGUUCACAAUCUCCGAAACAUCAUCGUAAUUACAAUGUGCAGCGUGUUUGCAGGAAUGGCUAUUGUUGCUCUUGUCUUGGGCCAAUUUGGAACUCGGCAAAUCGUCAAAUUAAAAGAAGCCACUACCCACCAAAAGCAACCAUCUACUUGGCACCAGCUGGGCAGAACUUUCAAAUCCCCGUUUAAACAUUAUAAAGGACCCAGAGGCCCCCCGGGGCCAGGUGGUGGAGAAAAGAGUACAAUUGGCCACAUUGACAGCUACAAUCAAGACGAAGAAGCUUUAAUUACUGAUGCUAGUGCACCUUGCACUUCUGAAAGCCAGGUCCCAGAAAAGGUUCCACUGCGAAAGCAUAUACGUGAUGAGUUGGAUCUCAUCACCGAACGAUUUAAUGAAAUGGGUGAUGAGUUAAGGGAGCAGUAUAGGGUUCUCGAGGAGCGUGUCGAGGCACGUAAGUCUGAAAUUCAGUUCGCCCAGCAGGUCGCUAAUGAUGCAAACAAUGCAAAGUCUCAUUUUCUGGCUAGAGUUACGCAUGAACUGCGUACCCCCCUGAACGGCAUUCUCGGAACAGCUAGUCUGUGUUUAGAAGAAGACCUCACCGAGGAUAAUCUGAGCAAUGUCCAUGGAAGCUUGAAAACUAUUUUCAAAUGUGGUGAAUUAUUGCUGCAUCUACUCACUGAGCUCUUGUCUUUUUCGCAGAACGAAGUUGAGAAUCUGGAUUUGGAUGAACAUGAAUUCAUGAUCGCCGAGGCGACUGCUCAAUUGACCGCUGUUUUCCGGGAACAGAGUGAAGCCAGCGGCAUUCAACUUGAGAUCCAUGCUGAUCCAUCUUGUCAAAAUCUUAUUCUAUACGGCGAUAUCAAUCGUAUUUUGCAAAUUGUUUUCAAUUUGAUGUCCAACAGUCUCAAGUUCACCCCCUCGGGUGGUAAGGUCUCUUUCUUCGUUCGUGCGGACAAAAUUGCGGACACACCUAAUCAGCGUCUGGUCACCAUUGUUGUUCGCGACACAGGGCCUGGUAUUGCGCCCCAUUUGCAGAAGCGUGUUUUCGAAGCGUUUGUGCAGGGUGACAUCAACAACACGGCUCGCAAGGCCGGUGUUGGACUUGGUCUAUCUAUUUGUCGUCAACUUGCUGAGCGGAUGGGUGGUUCUAUCAGCCUGAAAUCCGAACUGAACCACGGUGCUGAGUUUACCUUCCGAGUGCCUCUAAGAUAUGUUCCGUCUCGUGAAGGAGUCACCACCCCCGGGUCAAGUCGCAGCAGCGAUGUUUGGCCGGAAUACGAACUUUACUCUUCAGAGACUAUUGUUCGCAAAGCUGAAAUGGCUUUGGAUCACACCUCUGCGAAGAAAGGGUCUCCGGGCGGCUCUCAGCCAACAACUCCUCUUACUUUUAGUCCCGCCGAACGGCCCACCAUGAAACGCGGCACGUCUUUCGAAAGUACAGUAUCAAAGUCUUUGCGCGUGCUGGUUGUAGAUGAUAAUAAGGUGAACCAAGAAGUUAUGGUGCGGAUGCUUAAUCUCGAAGGAUUGAAGAAUAUUGACAUUGCAAACGACGGUAACGAGGCAAUUGAGCAGACUAAAGAGGCACUUGAGUCACAAGAACCCUAUGACGUUAUUUUCAUGGACAUCCAAAUGCCCAACCUGGACGGACGGCAAGCUACUAAAAUCCUGCGGGGUGAAAUGGAUGUGAAAAUUCCCAUCGUCGCUGUAUCUGCCUUUACUGGCGAUGAGAACGUCCAACAAUGUCUCGCCGUAGGAAUGUCGCUGUUCCUAGCCAAACCCCUCAGGCGACCCCACCUUCACAAACUGCUUUUGACGUUGAACGACCUCGCGGUUAUGCCCCCCUUGCCCGAAGAGUCUGUUGGAGGAGACAUUCUUGGUCAUCCGAGCAGUGCCUCGCUGUCGAAAACGACAUCGUCAGCAGAUCAUAACCGAAAGGCUUUACUGAGACGCUCUAAAAGCUUUUUGGGCUAA